AAACUCAAAAGAAUUGAUCUACCGGCACCAAAAAUAUUAUUAUUAUUUUCAAAAAGCCCUCUCUCCUCUUUUCCUCAACUGAACCCCCCGCGUUUUCUCUCCCUCGCUUUCCCCAUUUCUCCCCCCCCUCUCUCUCUCCUCUCCUUCUCUCAACCAAAUAUUCCGCCGGCCUCCGCCGCCGCCAACCACCUCUUCUCCACCUCCACCUCCGCCUCCAAUUUCGGUUCAAUUCCACAACCAGUAGCAGCAAUUCAACCCAUUUUCUUCUUCUUUCCCCUUCCCCCCUGCUGCUCUGGCAGCCAGAGCAAAAAAAGGCAGAGCAGCAGCAGCUAAUUGAAAUGGGCAACUGCAACGCCUGCGUGCGCCCGGAUUCUCCGCCGCGGGAGUCCAAAUCCCACGGCGGCGCCAGGAAGAAGCCCAACAGCAGGGAGAAGAAGCCCAACCCGUUCUCCGAGGACCCGAUUCGCUCCCCGGCCCCGAUCCGGGUCCUGAAGGACGUCGUCCCCGUGAGCCACCGCCCCCGGAUCGGAGACAAGUACAUCCUGGGCCGGGAGCUGGGCCGGGGCGAGUUCGGGAUAACGUAUCUGUGUACCGACAGGGAGACGAAGGAGGCGCUCGCCUGCAAGUCGAUUUCGAAGCGGAAGCUGCGGACGGCGGUGGACAUAGAGGAUGUGAGGAGGGAAGUGGCCAUCAUGGCGAGCUUGCCCGACCACCCGAACAUCGUCAAGUUGAGGGCGACUUACGAGGACUACGAGAACGUUCAUUUGGUGAUGGAGUUGUGUGAAGGAGGGGAGCUGUUUGACCGGAUUGUGGCCAGAGGGCAUUACAGCGAGCGAGCUGCGGCGAGCGUGGCGAGGACGAUCGCUGAGGUUGUGAGGAUGUGCCAUGCGAAUGGGGUCAUGCACAGGGAUUUGAAGCCCGAGAAUUUCUUGUUUGCGAAUAAGAAGGAGAAUUCGCCUCUGAAGGCCAUCGAUUUUGGGUUGUCUGUGUUCUUCAAGCCUGGGGAGAUAUUCACUGAGAUUGUUGGGAGUCCAUACUACAUGGCGCCAGAGGUGUUGAAGAGAAACUAUGGGCCAGAGGUUGAUGUGUGGAGUGCUGGAGUGAUACUUUACAUUCUGUUAUGUGGGGUUCCUCCAUUUUGGGCAGAGAGUGAGCAGGGUGUUGCCCUUGCAAUUUUGAGGGGGAAUCUUGAUUUCAAGAGGGAACCAUGGCCCCAGAUUUCAGAAAGUGCCAAGAGUCUGGUGAGGCAGAUGUUGGAUCCAGAUCCCUCCAAGCGCUUAACUGCUCAGCAAGUGUUAGAUCAUCCAUGGAUUCAGAAUGCAAAGAAAGCUCCAAAUGUCCCGUUGGGGGAUAUUGUGAGGACGAGGCUCAAGCAGUUCUCUGUGAUGAACAGAUUCAAGAAGAAAGCACUCCGGGUCAUUGCUGAACACUUAUCACUCGAAGAGGUGGAAGUCAUAAGAGACAUGUUCACUUUGAUGGAUUGUGACGGUGAUGGCAAAGUAUCAUACGAGGAGCUGAGAGCUGGCCUUCGGAAGGUCGGCUCACAGUUGGCCGAGCCGGAGAUCAAGAUGCUGAUGGAAGUGGCUGAUGUUGAUGGAAAUGGCGUGCUGGACUACGGCGAGUUUGUAGCAGUCACAAUCCACCUGCAGAAGAUGGAGAACGAUGAGCACGUCCGCAGGGCGUUUGUAUACUUCGAUAGGGAUGGCAGUGGAUUUAUCGAGCUGGAUGAGCUACGAGAGGCAUUGGCCGACGAAAACGGUGAAACAGACGAGGAUGCCCUUAAUGACAUCAUGCGAGAGGUAGACACAGACAAGGACGGGUGCAUUAGCUACGACGAAUUCGUGACGAUGAUGAAAGCUGGAACCGACUGGAGAAAGGCUUCGAGGCAGUACUCGAGGGAGAGGUUCAAGAGCUUGAGCAUCAACCUUAUGAAAGACGGGUCCCUCCAGCUCCAUGACGCGCUCACUGGCCAUGCGAUUCCAGUGUAAGGGAGAGCUAUCUUGGUUGCUCGUGGAUCGCUCGCUGAAUGUUUUCCUGUCCGUUUCUAGCUUUCGUUGCCAUUGUAUAAACCAAGAGUACAGCUUUGGACGAGAAUGGACGAGCCAGGAGAAGGCACAUUAUGGUGCUGCUGUUGGAUGGUUUUUCGGGUUCGAGUUUACAGAGAGAUCAUGACAAGAGCUUCUGGCUGGCCUGCUUCGCGGCGGAAUGGCGGGUUUGUUGUGAAUUGUGAUGCUUCUUUUUUUCCUGGCCCAUUUGUAUAUUUGUUGUGUCGUUGGGGGUUUGAGAGAGUAUUCUUUUGUUUUCUUAGUUUGGGUGUUGGAAUGUGUUUUUCUUUAUACAGUUUAUUCAACCGUCAAUGGCUGCCAGUUCCAGAUGGGGGAGCUGAAAUGUGUAUCAACCAAAGCAUACACAGAAUGGCUGAAGCCAAGUAUCCAUUUGUAAUGUUUUGAACUGUACAUUGUUUUCUUUGUGCGGUUUUAAAGAGAAAAGGGUCCAUUUGCAGGCGACAUAGUCUAUCUGGGCGGCUACAUUCGGACAUGUUAUCCCGAGUUUAACAAAAUCUAUCUCAAACUCGCCUCAUUUCCAUCCCUAUUAGUGGUUAGGUAAGUCCCUCAAGUGGCUCGAGACUCAUAAAAUGCUUAAGUGAUU